UGGUUGAAUAUUGCUGUUACAUACGUACAUUGCAAUUGUUACCUGCGUUUUAACCCUUUUUUGGUUUGCUUGUGAAAUGGUUUAGAAGUGGCUAUAUAAAGAAGGUUAUCAGGUAGCCUAAUUUUUGUCGGCAAAAGGAGAUAGAAACUAUUUCCAUUCUCAUUUCAUUAUUCCGUAUAUUCUACUUAAAACCGGCUAUGACUAAUUCCUAUCUUUGUGUUAAGAAGUAAGCAAUCGUUUCACAUGUCAACAAAUUCUGCCAAUACUUAACAAUUUUGCGGCCGAAAAACUUAAUUAUUUGCAAUUUCGAGACAAAUCAGUUAUUAUAUCUUCCUACUUUUGAUUCAAAUGAAUGACGCCGUUCGAUAUUUAAUUAAACGGAAGUUUGUCACUUUUAUAAAGUGGUGAUAUUUUUAAGUCGACCAUAAAGGCGCUGAAAAUUCAUCAUCGCAAAUUACAAGGCUACAAUUCAGAAGUUCUGUUUGAAUUGAAGUAUGGUAAUGUAUUUGAAAUAACAGGCGUAUUUAAUCUGUUAUUUAAUUCUGCAGUCUCUUCUUUUGAAGAGUCACCUUUGACCUGCGAACUUUGUAUUCAAAAGAGCGCCUCCAACUAAACCAACCGAAAAGUCUGUUGUGUUGAACUUGUAACUCGAAUUGAUGCGACCUGAAAGACUGUGUUAUAGUUGGCGAAAUUUGCUCUUGAUAUCUCUAAUUAAUCCUUUGUUCAUAUCUUAACACUUUUUGUCUUCAAACGCAGAGUUGACGAAGUUUUGCUUUUGAUCUUGUUCUAUUCUGGGCGAAGAGCUUGAAAAAAUAACCUUGGAGGAAUUUCUGUAAACAGAGACGAUCGAUUUAGUGAACUUCUACUUAAAGCAGUGAGACAAAAAAUGCUUUAUUAGAAUCACAAUCGUGCAUUACAGUUCAACUGAUUUUUACCGCCCAGUCAGCCUACCCAUUCGAUUUGGACCAUUUACAACCAGAAACUAGCAAGAAGCGUCUGUUGUUCCUGCUCAUAACAUUGUGUUGUCUGUUCGAUUACUGGGACGUCUGCUAGCUGAUCUCGGUUCUCUUCAAUUUCUGCACUUUGGGCAGAAAAAACUCGAAAAGUGGUCAGGAGAAUCAAUAGAGCACAUCACGUGGCUAAUUAUUUGUGACACGUGAUCUGAUCUGGUCAUCUGAGAGCCAAAAGGGAGGGGAUGCUAAUUGUGAUGCCCCCCUUGAGCUCCAACCCGCGAGGGGGGCACAGUGCCAUCCGCCGAUCAUCCAUCGAUCCCAUCGACAUCGAACUACGCAUUGCAGCAAUAAACGUGUUGCAAAAACAAGAUGAGGUGGACGACAAAUCUCACGCUGCCUCAACUACCCGUGGGUCUCCGACAGGGACUAGCUACACGGGGCGUCUAGUGCCCCACUUUCCUGGAGAAGACUUCCCCGACCCCCUCACAGCACUAACUGCACUGGAGACACAAUCCAUGUAUGCGGUGGAGGACUGUGCUAGUUCGUGUGGGGCCACACAUGCCUCCAUCUGCACCCUGACGCCUACUGGACCUGCGAGGGAGGCACACAUGAUGCAGCUGCACGCCAUGAAGCACUACCCACUCAUAGACCAGUUCUACUUUAGCCAGCAAGAGUGUUACCUGAACAAAACAAUCCUUAAAUGGGAAUUUGACGUUCUCAAAUUGGAGGAGUCUUCUGCCCAGGGAGUGUUGAAGGACGUCGGUCUGAAGUUGUGCGAUGUGUUCGGACUGGUGGACGAGUUUGACCUGUCCCUAGUCUCCCUCCACCAGACAUUCCAGCUCAUCCAGGCCUCCUACCACAACAAUCCCUACCACAAUGCCGCACACGCAGCAGAUGUAGUACAGGCCGCAUGCUGUCUAGUGGCCGAGAAAAAGAUCUCAAAACACAUGACGAAACUGGAACACUUGGCCAUGAUCAUGGCUGGUGCGUGUCAUGACCUGGACCACCCUGGAGUGAACCAGGCUUUCUUGAAGACCACCAACCACUACCUCACAGAGGCAGCCAAACGAUAUCCGGAUAGUGAAAAUACAAGCUUGGAUGUUGAGAAAAAGUCGAGUAGUGAACAGUUGUCUUCGUCUGACGAGAACGUUAUGAGUGUGCUGGAGAUCCACCAUAUUAGACAUGCGGCCGCCAUAUUCGACCAGACUCAGAUAUUUGCCCAUUUUUCACAGGACCAGUACCUGGAACUGCUCAAACUUAUCAAGGAACUCAUCCUAGCCACUGACAUGGCUUUUCAAGGCAGGUACAUGGAGAAACUGAAGCGGCUGAACAAAGAGUACAACUCUCUGGAGACAGACGAAGAGAGAAGCGCCUUCUUCAAAGUGGAAGACACUAGGCGAUUCUACUUACAGGUCUCUCUAAAGUGUGCUGACAUCUGCAACACAUGUCGUCCCUGGGAGGUCAGUCAGAAGUGGUCUCGACGUGUCACCGAAGAGUUCUUCGCACAGGGAGACAAAGAACGAGUGCUCUCUCUACCUAUCAAUGAAAUCAACGAUAGAUACAGGACUACAAUAGAAAAGGUCCAAGUCGGGUUUCUGAAGUUCGUGGCUAGACCUCUCUUCGCUGAAUGGGACUCAGUGCACUUGAGCGAUCUGAGUAAGUCUCUGUUGCGCAACAUAGACAACAACUUACUUCAGUGGUCUAGAGUGCAACAGCACCAGGAGAAGUUGCAGACCAGAUCAUGUAUCACGAAGUUAUCGCCAAUGCCCUCUGAUACUGCGUCGGCGACCAGCAAGUCAUCGGCACAGCCCAUCCUCCCCCCGACACACCACCAACCGGUGCCACACCUCCCACCGAUGCCGUCUUCCGAGUCCCUUCACGAUCGGCAGUACAAGCCGCACCCACCCGACGGAAUCAGCGAGACAGCCUCGGUUCGACUGGAUGUCAUCGGAGAAGCGAAUGACGAGGAGUCUCCCGAAGAUGUUCAGUUAGGCGAAUGGGCGCAGCCAAAGCAGAGAAAGCCGAGCAUCCCGUGUGCUUUCGUAUCCUUAGACCACUCGGUAGCUAUUAUCAAAGACAAUCUACGCCAGCAAGCAGUCGACACAACAGUGGAGCCGAAUGCAGAGACAUCGUCGCCGAGGCAUAAAGGUCUCGGCAAGGAGAAAAAAGUGUCCGCUCUUCCGGAGGCGUCGAGAGAAAUAGAUUCGUCAAAUUCACAACCGCAAGGUACGGAUCGAAACGACCACUCGGCAGCUGCGGUAGCGUUUGGAUCUCUUCCAAUAAACACGACCGGAGAAACUGGCAGUAGAAUCGUGGACUUGGACGGCGUAGUUGGGGGAGGUGUUUCUAAACAUAUCGAAUCCAGCAGCGAUACUAUCGAGCUUCCCUCCCCUUCAGCCCAACAAGGCGAAGACGAAGGAAGACCUGCCGGUUGCUCAGACGAUUAUGGUGCACGAUCUUCUCCGUCAUUCAGUGUGUACACACAAUUCAAACCCCCUAGACCCCAAUCGGAGCUGCUCGAGUCAGUUCCGUCCUUAUCAGACAAACAGGAGACCCCAAACACCAACCAGAUCAACCACUUAGCUCACGUCCAACAACAGCAAGCACUUGAGCCGACAGAUUACGAAGCCGAAUUAUUAGCUAGACUAAAGUACCAUCCGUUCGACGCUUCCACAGUAGCUGAAGUGCAGAAAUUAACCCCACAGCAUAAGCGGCGCAUAGAAGAAUUGUCCAAGAUGGAAAACGUUUCCCGAAAGGUGUCAAAACCACAUCAUGACCAGACUGCAAGUGUGGUGAAAAGUACAGAAGACGGCAAGGUCCAAUCGGAGUCGACUAAAACUGUGAUAGGGUCGACUGUUUCGACGAGUGACGGGAAUGAGGAUCUGACUUCCUACGCAAAGUUGACCAGCCCACCUCCAUAUCGGAAAAGCAUCAUGCUGACAGUGGAUAAGAGUCUGGAGAAGUUGCGAGCAGACCACGCGGCCAAGGGAGCCAAAACAGCCAGGACAUCCACUACCUCACAAAGUGCAGCCAACCAAUGUGUUAAAGCAACACAGGUGACAGUGUACGAGUCAGCGACUCUUCACAGUCCACGACCGACAUCCACUCACCAACAUCAGCAGAAGCAGAAGCAGCCGAAUCUGUUCACCCGACUCACGACACCUUCCUCCACCGCCUCCCCCUCUUCUCGCCCUCCUCACCGCACGAUUUCGACUAAAUCAGAGAACCUCUUGCCGUCUUCCGACUCGCCACUCCAAUUCGAAUCAAUUACUCCAGGUUACUCCUCUAGUUCCAUGGCUUCCCCGGAGAUGCCGCGAAGCAAGAUCAUCCAGUCUCGUAGCAACUUCUUCAAGUCACUCCUGAAAUCCUCCGCUCCCGAAAUGAACCACCUCGGAGGGUCAUCCAUUCUAACAUCAUCACACUCGCCCCGCUCGGCCGAAAUCGCAUCAUCAUCUUCGCCCUUCAACUUCCCAGAAGGGACCUCCUUUUCGCCCCUAAUUGGUGAUAGUUCCAUUAGUGGUGGCAGUACAGUGGUAUUCAAAUCAGCAGGGUCUCCGGCCUCGAAGGACUUGGACGUUUCGGACACCGGGCCGUCUAAGCCAAGAAAGAUAAUGUUCCGGUUGCCAAGCUUCCCGGCGUUGGACCAGGAGUUAGAAGCACUUCAAAAUGGACCAGAAAUGUUAACAGAAAGUCCGUGUAACAUCACAUCGAGCGAGGCUGUGAAUUCAGAAGAGGUUUCAUCAAGCGCAGCCGUCCGAAUACACAUAGAAAACGAGGACACGAACCAAGGAAGGCGAUUAUCGAGAACCUUAGUGCAAGAUACGAAGGCAGCGAAACGAUCCCAGUCCGCGUCUGCAAGAUUAGCGAAAACUUUUCAUAGACUCUUCCACGGUGGUUCGAGUUCGAGGACGGCGGCAGCACCGCCGAGGUCCCACCGAGAACACGCAUCGGAUAAAAGAACCAAAACUUUAUCGUCGUCGGAAAAGACGGUGGAGUCAGGCUCGAGAAGCUCGAAUCUGUUGAGUCCAACUUCAGACUCUUCCAUAGACAAAAGCAAGAGGCUGUCGGACCAGACGCUAGGCUCCCUGAGAACAUCUCCUGAAUGAAGACAAUAGAACAGGAAGUUACAACGGAGCUGCUAGUGUAGUGAUACUUGGAUGAUAUCGGUGCUGAUCUUUUUAAGCUUCUAACUCGACAUGACAUGUGCACUCUACUGGCUUUAACUGGGGUCAAAUAUGAUCUUUAAUUAGAAGAAAAUGACAAACAUUGAAUGAACGAGUAAAUAAAUAAAAGAGGACGGGUUGCACUCUUCUCCGGCAAGCGGCGUCUCUCGAAGUGCAAUCGAAAAACCGAACGACAUGGACCCCUCAUACGUUUUGUACCUCCUAACAACUCACCAAGAAUAAAAAACAGUUUUUUCAGUUAUCCCCUAAACGAAAAAAGACAGAAAACUUAACAUAAUAUAUUUUUUAAAAUGAUAAGCUGUAAGCUUAUUUUGAAUUUAAGGGGUACAAAAGAAAAGACCGUAAUUAUGAAAGUAUAUCUAUAUUUUAGUGCUAAGUCAAAAAUAACGUUGACUCUUGGCUAUUUUCUCCACUCUCUUCUUGCUAAGCUCAGCUCGUGUUCAAAUGUAUAAGGGACCGGCAUCGUCUCAA